ACAAACAUGAAAACUAAAAACUUAGCAGCAAUGAGGCUCUUCAGGACCAGGAAUGAGGAACCUGCUUUACAGACACGCCUGUUUUAAACACGUCACUCAAACACAGAACCAGGAAACAGGAAUCACCUGAGUUCAGAUAAAUAGAAACUGAAGUGUAGUUGAGCUGUUGUGUGUUUGUGUUUCUGUAUUCAUGCAGUAAAAUGGCAGAAGCCAGAAUUUCUCAGGAAGAGUUCAUGUGUCCAGUGUGUCUGGAUCUCCUGAACGAUCCAGUGACAACUUCCUGUGGACACAGUUACUGUAAGAUCUGUAUUACAGGCUGCUGGGAUCAGGAGGAUCAGAUGAGAGUCUACAGCUGUCCUCAGUGCAGACAGACCUUCAGUCCAAGACCUGCUUUAGCUAAAAACACCAUUCUGGCUGAAAUGGUGGAGAAACUGAAGAAGACUAAACUUCCUACUGACUGUCAUGCUGGAGCUGGAGAUGUGCAGUGUGACGUCUGUACUGGAAGAAAACACAAAGCCGUCAAGUCCUGUCUGGUGUGUCUGAACUCUUACUGUCAGAAUCACCUUGAACAACAUGAGAGUUUGUUUAAAGGAAAGAGACACAAUCUGACUGAAGCCACUGGACGACUGCAGGAGAUGAUCUGCCAGAAACACGACAAGAUCCUUGAGGUUUUCUGCCGCACUGAUCAGAAGUGUAUAUGUGUGCUGUGUAUGGAUGAACAUAAAAACCACGACACUGUAUCAACUGCAGCACAGAGGACAGAGAAACAGCACCAGCUGAAGGAGACGCAGAGGUGGUUCCAGCAGAGGAUCCAGCAGAGAGAGAAAGAUCUUCAGCAGCUGAGAGAGGCUGUGGAGUCUCAUAAGCGCUCUGCACAGACAGCAGUGGAGGACAGUGAGAGGAUCUUCACUGAGCUCAUCCGCUCCAUUAGGAGAAGCCGCUCUGAGGCCACACAGCGGAUCAGAGAUCAGGAAAAGACUGCAGUGAGUCGAGCUGAAGGACGACUGGAGCAACUGGAGCAGGAGAUCAAUGAUCUGAGGAGGAGAGACGCUGAGCUGGAGCAGCUUUCACACACACAGGAUCACAUCCAUUUUCUGCAGAGUUUCCAGUCUCUCUCAGCUCCUCCUGAAUCUACAGACGUAAAUGAUGAUCCCUUCAGUUCUCUCUCCUCUUUUGAUGUUGUGAGAGAAUCUGUCCGUCAGCUGAGAGACAAACUGGAGGAUUUCUGCAAAGAGGAGCUGAAGAAGAUCUCUGACAGAGUCACUUUCACCAACAUUGUUCCCAGAACCAGGAACGAAUUCCUACUAUAUUCACAUCAGCUCAAUCUGGAUCUGAACACAGUGAAUAAACGCCUCCGUCUGUCUGAGGGAAACAGAGUGAUUACUUACACUGGCAUUUUCACAGUCCAGUCUUAUCCUGAUCAUCCAGACAGAUUUGAUGUGUAUCCUCAGGUGUUGUGUAGAGAGAGUGUGUGUGGACGAUGUUACUGGGAGACUGAGAGGAGUGGAUGUGUGUGUAUAUCAGUGUCAUAUAAGAGCAUCAGCAGGAAGGGAUCAAGUAGUGAGUGUGUGUUUGGACGUAAUGAUCAGUCCUGGAGUUUGAUCUGCUCUUCCUCCAGUUACUCAUUCAGACACAAUGACAUACAGACUAAACUCCCUGUAAAAGUCCAUCAUAGAAUAGGAGUGUUUGUGGAUCACAGUGCAGGAACUCUGUCCUUCUACAGCGUCUCUGGAGACACAAUGAGCCUCAUCCACACAGUCCAGACCACAUUCACUCAACCACUCUAUCCUGGGUUUAUUGCUUAUAAUGGAUCAGUGAAACUGUGUUGA